UCUUCAAUCCUCAGCGACUUUGACACUGAAACAGAGGUUAGAGACGGUCGACGCCUGGACGGAACAUUGGAAUAACGAAAGAACGUCUGAAUACUGACUACGGAACGAAGCAGAACUCGAUUUUAGGGAAAAGGAUUUCCUAAUCUUUCUGAUAUAUCUGCAAUAAGGUUGAAAAAAUAUGAAGGAAACCAACUCCAUUCAGGACCUCCAAAACGGCGUCGGCAACGGCGGCUAUGAACACAUGCGGCAUCACAUUUCCCUUUCCGACUUCGAUCUACUGCCGGCAUCUGAUGGAUUACUUGACCAGGUUAUAUCCUCCGUUCCCUCUUCUUCUUCCUGGCCGGACUUCUCCAAAUCUCAGCAGUCCCACUGGCAACCGUCUCAUGACUCUCAUCACUUCCUCUCGCCACUGCCGGUGUGUAGCCUCAACUCCGCCGUUGACGAUGGGGCAUAUAAUUUUGAAAACCGAUCGUCGGUUCACUUGGCUUCCAGGCUCCAGCAGAACCACAACAACGGCAGUGAGGGUGGAGUCUCCGCCGGCGAGUCUAAGGCGGCGCUUAUGUUUCACCGGCAGUUUUCGCUCAACAGAGGAUUUACCGGCACCGGAUUUAGGUCUCCUAACGUUCUCCUAGAGGAGCGGUUGAAUUUUACCGAUGACGACCUAAACGACGGCAUUUUACUAUCGGCAAAUGACACCAAAUAUGAAGCUCUAUACAACGGAUCAAUUGCUCAGCCCUCGUCCGAGCUUCAUCAUGUUCAUCAUAAUGAUCCGCAAUUGUAUCCGGAUCCGAACCAUGGAGCACCGCCAGUUCCACCGAUGACUCAAGGACUAGCCUCUACCGGCAGCGUAGCAACGGGAGGAGGACCACCGCCUGCUCAGCCGAAACAGCCGCGAGCGAGGGCUCGUAGAGGACAAGCCACCGAUCCGCACAGCAUCGCUGAAAGAUUACGAAGAGAGAGGAUUGCGGAGAGAAUGAAGUCGCUGCAGGAGCUGGUUCCCAAUGCUAAUAAGACGGACAAGGCUUCAAUGCUGGAUGAGAUCAUCGACUAUGUCAAAUUCCUCCAGCUCCAAGUCAAGGUUCUCAGUGUGAGCAGAUUGGGCGGUGCCGCAGCUGCUGCUCCCCUGCUUGCUAUGAUGUCUUCCGAGGGAGCUAGAGAUUCUAUAGAAGGAGGCGCGAGAAGCGGCAAUACAAAGCCGGCAUCAUCAUCAUCCAACAACAGCGACACAAUGAGAUUGACGGAGCAGCAGGUGGCGAAGCUCAUGGAAGAUGAUAUGGGCACCGCCAUGCAAUACCUCCAAGGUAAAGGCCUCUGCCUCAUGCCCAUCUCCUUGGCCAGUUCCAUUUCCCCCUCCGCCAGGUCGAACCUCAUUGCCAAGAACUCGCCGCCCGGAGCUGCCACCAAUGGCGGCAGCCCCUUCUCUCCUACUUCUGCCACUGCUGUGAAAGGCACAAUAUGUGAAGACCCCUCUUCCUAAUUUAAUGAGAUUGAUGAAACUAGAAAAUACGUAGGAAUUAAUAAUUGAAAGUCGAACUUCUCUUUGUAAUUUAAUUAAUUAUCAUUAAGACGCUUAUUAUUAGGUUGUAUUACCGGGCCCACUGGCCGUCAAGUCUACCAAAAUAAGGGUUAUUCCGUUUGUGGAAACUGGCUAUGCAACGACCCCGUAUUUAAGUAGACUUGAGUUUCAGCAAGCAGGCUUGAUCUGGAGUAGCAAAGUAUGCAUAAACAAUUGGGCAUAUUGAUUUCCAUUUAAUUUAGAAGAGAUUGAAAAAAUGAUUAUUAAACAAAAAUCAUACUAUGUAUUACUAUUAGGUUUCAAUUUGGGUCGCUUCGGUUUGUAUUUGUUACUUUUUGAUAAUAUAUUGAGAUUUUAAUGUA